AUCCGCGUCUACUGGUUCUGCUGCCGCUAGAAACGUACAGGGCCUUCCCCACCGUAGCGAAGGUGCUGCUGCGCUGGGGGAAGGAAAACGGCGCUUUGGCUGUGCCUUGUUCUCGCAGCUGGCGGGAAGCAAGCGCCACUUCGAAAGCCGGAGGCUCAAGUGACCCCUCUUACCACCGUCAUGGCAGUCCCAGGUUGCAACAAGGACAGUGUCAGAGCAGGCUGUAAAAAAUGUGGCUACCCUGGUCACCUGACUUUUGAAUGCCGCAAUUUUCUCCGAGUAGACCCUAAAAGGGACAUAGUUUUGGAUGUCAGCAGUACAAGUAGUGAAGAUAGUGAUGAAGAGAAUGAAGAACUGAAUAAAUUGCAGGCAUUACAGGAAAAAAGAAUAAAUGAAGAAGAGGAAAAGAAAAAAGAAAAAAGCAAAGAGAAAAUCAAAUUGAAAAAAAAAAGGAAAAGGUCUUACUCAUCCAGUUCCACUGAAGAGGACACUUCAAAACAAAAGAAACAGAAAUAUCAGAAGAAAGAAAAGAAAAAAGAAAAAAAGAGCAAAUCAAAAAAAGGGAAACAUCACAAAAAGGAAAAAAAGAAGAGAAAAAAGGAAAAGCAGUCUUCUACCCCUAAUAGUUCUGAAUUCUCCAGAAAGUAACUGAGACUUUGGCUUAAGCCAUUAAAUUUAAAAAUUUGUUUUUAAAACGUGUUUGCCCUUCCUUGGAAUUUGCUGUAUAUUGUGCUUUGCAAUAAAUCACAGCCUUUUCCCUAUAGACAUUUUUUGUAUGUGGGACCAUUAUCCCUCUGGCAAUAUAUUUUUAAUGUGCUAUGACUGCAAAGUAAUAAAUCAGUCUUGUUACUUGAUAGCCAUGCCCCAAGUAUAGCUAUUUGUGUAUACUAAACACAUCGUUUUUGGUAUUUGUGUCUCUGUGUGUUUGGCUAGUGUUAUUACUUCAUAAGUUGAUUGUAAAAUGGCUUUACUGCAGUCAACACAGGUCAUCUACCUAGCAGCUAAUGAGUAUUGCUGAUUCAGGUGUCCACCUUCCAAUCAUGAAGCUAGGUAAGGGGUAAUGUUUUGCUCUUGACACAGAGAAAUUUAAUAGCUGUAUAUACUAAAAUAGAAUAUCUUUUAAAGAUAGUGAAAUUCUUCGUUUUUUUUUAAAUCUCUGGGGAUUUUUUUUCAAUGUCAUAGAAAGUGCAGCUGCUUAAUGGUCUUGACUAGGACUUUUUAAAUGAAUGGUGUCUGCAGGAAGAUGAUCAUGAAAAUAUCUCUUAACGAAGUUUCACUGUUCUACGAAAUGCAGAAUUUCUAGUACCUGCCUCCUUUGUUUUUGUGAUAAUUGAAAUAUUUCUUUCUUGUAUAAAGAGACUAGUUCAGCCUGUUAGUAAGUAUGCAGAGAUGAUGCUGAGUUGGUCAGGAUUUUUAGGAUAGACGCCUGGGUUGUUUUACAAAUGUGCCAUAUUGGCAUGUCUUACAGUGAUACCUCAAACACAGAAAUUUUUAUUUAGGAAGAUAGCUAAAUCUUUAUUAGAACUGAUUUUUAUUGUAUUCAGUAUGUAAAUUUUGUGAAGCUUGUUUCUAUGGGUAAUGUGGAAAAUUUUAUAAAUGUGAGCAUAAAUACUUAUUUUGUCAGACAUAAUUUGUAGUUUUAAAGCAAAUUUCACACUGAACUUAUGUUUUCAUAAAUGAGCAGUUUGGGGUGUUUCUCUCUUUUCCUUUUGUGGCAACCUCAAGAGCAGUGUCAAAAAAAGAAUUAAGAAUUUUAUUCUGUACUUUUUAAAAUUUAAGAGCCAGGGAGUUGCAUCAUGAAAGCCUUUAUAUAAUAAUGGAAAUUUUAUAUGGGUAAGCAUUUUCAAAUACAUAUUAGUAGAUAUGUUUUUUAAAUUUCUAUUUUCACAUUGAUCAGUGUUACUUUGCUUAAUACUUAGGUAUCCCUUAUGCCCAAUAAAGUAAAUGCUUAUGUUGUAGAAGCAUCAAACGUCAACCAGCAUCAUGGCACAGCACCAAAGAUUGCAAAUACCUCACUAUGGUGCACGUAGAAAUUUUCAAAUUGAUCACCUGCAGAUAUGGCUGCAGGUGAAUUCGUGAUAAUGAAAUCAGCUAAGUAUACUUAACCUCACAGGCUAGAAAGGUUUACUGAUUCUUCUUUCACCCGUCACCCAAUGUGGGUACCCUCAGUAAGACUCAGGGAGCCUUAUACCUCCUCUUAACAUAUGCUUACCCAUGCUUAAAUUCUAGGGAAGGUGUAUCCACAGCCCUCUUCUAUAAUAGCAUUGCAGCCAUGACAGCUGUCACGCUUUCAGCCUUUCCAUAACCUGAUUUAGUCGUUUGGGCCUCUCAAAAGGAAAUGCUUUUGUUUAAAUAGGUCAGUCAGUAACUGCGAGAAAAAUACAGAGCCAACAGGUUUUUAGGGUUUUGUUUUGCCUUUGCUGCUAAUUUUUUUAAAAUACAGUUCUUCAAUUAUCAAGAUUUUAAAAAUCGGUUUUUAAUAUAAAACUUUUUUAAAAACGAGGCUGACCCAAGUUCGGUGGUGUUUCUCCACUCCCACUGCUUGACUUGACUAGCCUUGAAAAAAUAAUAGUAAAAUGAAAUAAAAAAUGAUUAGAAGAUGCUGCAAAGGCAAUGACCUCAUUCCAUUGAGUAAGGUAGUUAAAAAUGAUAGUAAUUGUAGUGAAAUAGUUAAUUGAGUUAUUUGUAAGUUUUAUUACUGUUAAUUGUAGAGAUUAUAAAUUGGCUCAUUAGGUUUCUGAAUGGUAAAACAAUAAUGAUUGAGAAGAGCAAAAGUCAAUCCUCAUUAAUGUAGUAUGCAAAUUAAAAUAUUUUAAUGAUCAGUAGUUUUCCCCCCAGAAAUUAUCUUGGUAUUCCUAAGUAAAUUUCCUAUAAUUUUAGCAUAGUUUAUGAAAUAUCUCAUUUGAAUAAAAAUUUAUUUUUACUGAAGUAAUUUUCUUCUAAAAUGAUAUUAUUGAGAUUGGAUGUAAAUCUCAUGAACACAUUUUAGAAGAAAAUUAAUGAAAUUCCCUCCCAGGCAGUAUGUACCAGAAGGAAAACUGAAUUAGCAGUAAAACAGUCUAUUCAUUCUAACUACCUGUAUGAUCUUGAACAAAGUCACUUAGUUUCCCUGGGCCUUGAUGUCUUUCAUCUAUAAAAUAUUGUACCAGAUUAUCUCUGAAAUCACUUCUAGUUUUAAUAUAUAUAAUUAUCAAUAUUUUAAAAUUCAAGCAAUAUUCAUUUUAAAAAUUAUUAUAAACAGCUAGCAUUCUACAAUAGUAAAGGUUGAAUUUAUUAAUAUAACAGUUAAACAUGUUCAGCUUCUUCAAGCAGAUAAUUGAUAUUUGGUUCAUAUUCUUACAACCUAAUGCAUAUCAUUUUCACCAGAUGCAGACGGAAUUUAUAUUUAGGUUUGCAUCUGGAACUAGAUUAUCUGGCACUUUAUGGCCAUUAUUUUUGGAUUGAUGGACCUUCUCCCCACAUAAUUUCCUCUUUUAUUUUUUUGCGUAUCAUAUGUUGGCUGGUAUUUCUCAGAGGCGUCCCUCUUUCUUCAUACUUAAUAUACAUCUCCAUUUACAUCUUUGGUUCUCUGAGGUCAAAACAACAAUAAAUGAGAAGUAAAACAACUAUACGUGUUUGUAUUUACAACUCUAUCUAAAAGUAUAUAACCCUAGUUUGCCUUCAGAGUAAACUAGGCUGAAGAGUUGUUAAUAAUGUUGAUUAAAAUGCCAUUGAAUCCUUUCUUCAACAAAUAUUUAUUGAGUACCUAACAUGGCAAACGCUGUGCUAAGUACUGGGGAUACAGAGAUAAGUAAGACACAUUUGCCUCCCUGAAGGACUUCACAGUGUAGUUGGUAGAAGAAACAGUAGAGCAUAUUCCGUUAUAUAAUUAGUGCAGUAAUUGACAUGAGUUUAUAGAAACUCAGAGUGGUACCUAACCUAGUCUAGAGAAAUUAGAAGAGGCUACCUAGACAAAGUAGUGACUGAAUUGCACUUUGAUUAAGGAUAAAAAUGAAGGUUAUGGCAGUUAUUGACAGAUUGGAUGCUGUGAAGAAACACCAGAUGUAGAACAAGCUGUGUUAGGUGUUUGUCAAGAAUUACAAGCAAUCUGGUGUUGCUGGUGUAUCAUAGGCGAGGCAGGAAGUGGUAAGAAUUGAGACUACCAUUUUAAGUUCUUAGGAACAAGAGGAAGGGGUCGUGUGUUCCAUGUUUGGGAGCUUGAACUGUAAUCUGUAAGCAAUGAGACAUCAUUAAAGAGUUUUAAGGGGGGCCAGGCGCAGUGGCUCACACCUGUAAUCCCAGCACUUUGGGAGGCUGAGGUGGGCAGAUCAACUGAGGUCAGGAGUUCAAGACUAGCCUGGCCAACUUGGAGAAACCCUGUCUCUACUAAAAAUACAAAAAUUAGCUGGACGUGGUGACAGGCGCCUCUACUCCCAGCUACUCUGGAAUCUGAGGGAGGAGAAUUGCUCAAACCCAGGAGGUGGAAGUUGCAGUAAGCCGAGAUCACACCACUGUACUUCAACCUGGGUGACAGAGUGAGACUCUGUCUCAAAAAAAAAAAAAAAGAAAAGAAAAAAAAUAAUUGGGGUUUGGUUUUAUCAGUUUCAUAAUCCGAUUAAUCCCACCAUUUUUAAAAGAUGAAAUUGCUUUCAUUAGAAGGCUAUGUAAAAUAUAAUUUGAUUAUUUUAGGCUCUAUUAUUAGACUCACAUUUCUUUCUACGGUCUCAUUAUUAUUUCCAAAAAUUACACAGUAACCUAAAUCAUCUAAAAACACAUAAAGCUACUGUAUUCCUUAUUAGACCCAUCCCCAGAGUUAUAUGUACAUGUACAUACUUUGAGAUGUGUUUUGUUCUUAAUUGCAUUGGCUUAAAUUCUAUCACUAUUUUAGUAUUUGUUAGGUCCAGAUCAUUUAGAAUAUUUUUCAGUGUACAAAAUGUGCUGUAAUUUAAUAAGGCCCCUUGCUUUUGAAAUUUGGCUUAACCUGUGAAGCACAACUGCUUCAGAGUUACAGAAAGACAUACCAAUUGGUCCACUGAAUGAGCCCUGUGGUUCUACCUCAGGUAACCUAGUUUUAAGCUGGCUCAGCAGGGAGUGCUUCAAGGACUCCAGCUGAUCCUAGUGCUGAGACCAAAACUUCCUGGACAUUGGGCGCCCAAGAAUAGUAGGUUUCUUAUGCCAGUGUGACAGUAAUCCCAGUUGCGAAGACCAGAGUCUUCUGACCUCAAUAUCGCCUCCUAACUCCUCUAAAAAUAGAUAUAGUGGCAGAGAAUUGGGGUGCCUCUCCUAGAGCACAACCCAUGAUGCAUCCAGUCAUGUCUGGCCCCACUAUGCCUUUUGCAUAAGUUGGGAGGAGUUGGGGCAGUGAGCAUUUUGCUAGCUCUGUCUCUUUCCUGCUUCUUGUGCCAUUUAUAGUUCUUGCCCUUGAACAACAAAAGUAGAAUGGUACCAGUGCCUUAACUAAAUUUUUCUCAACCUAGAUUUUCACCUGAGACAAUAUGGUAAUAUUAUUAAAUUACUGUAUAUCAAGAUAGCAAAUUUUCUUGGAUACUUUAAAAUCAAAGUUAUAUCAAAGAUCAAGAAGCACCCAUAAAAGCUUUAUGAACUUUCACAAAAUAAGUGAAAAUUCUUUGCUUUUAUGGCCAUGUAAAAUGUCAUUUUUAUAAUGGAAGUGUCUUCAUUUUCAAACUUAACAUAUACGUUAAGCAAUUUUAAUAUUUAAACAUUGGCAAAAUUGUCUUUGAAUGUGAAGUUCAACUCUGGCAGUAGGAUGUUGCAAUAGUGAUCUGGAACUAUGGGGCCAAUAUAGCCACAUGGGGUUAUUUAAAUCAAAUAAAUGAAAAAUUUUAUUUUUUCUGUUGCACUAGCCACAUUUUAAGUGCUUAGUAGCCACAUGUGACUGGUGGCUACCAUUAUUAGUACAGAUAUAGGAAGAACAUUUCCAUCAUCUCAGAAACUUCUCUCUGGACAGUUCUGGUCUAGGAGAUAACCAUAGUUCUUGGUAGAAAUUUUGACAGGCUAAUGACAAAAUGUUUGUAACCCUGAGCUUUGCAUGCCCAGGAAAAAUAAGGCAUUCUUUUUUAUGUAUCAGACCAGAGAAGCUGUAUUCAGCACAUUUUGAAAUGCUAGUUUUUGGCUAUGGUCAUACCACCCUAAAUGUGCCAGAUCUUGCCUGAAAUGCUAGUUUUCUGACUACAAAAACUUCACAGGACAUAGUAGAUAUGCUCAGUAGAGCCACUUAAAAUAAUUCCCGUUUUUUUCUGAUGAAUUCUAUUACAAAACCAGGUCUGUGUUAUAAUAGAAAACACACUUAUGAAUUAAAAUCUUUAAAAAUUAUAAUUUGCAGAAUUUAGUUUUAUUUCUAGAUUUCUAGGUGGUAUUAAUGUGAUAGCAUAAGGUGGAACCAGAGAACUCAUUUGUUUUGUAUAUUUCAUUAUACAGAUUAUUUAGGAAAUCUAUCGCAAAAGAUUUUUUGUUAUGCUUAUCUCUUGAAACAAAGUAUUUAUUGUACAGAUUAUACAUUGUGAUUUUUUUGUUACUGAAUAUAUUGUUUGUGCCCAGAAAAAUCUAAAAAGACAUAGGUUGACUUCUAAGAGACUUAAGAACAAGUCACCUCUAGUUUAUAAGACAGUUCCCCCUGAUAUUUACCUAUCCAGUACCAUCUCAUAAAAAUAACUGCCUGUUAUUAUCAAAAAGUUGAGAAAUGCUGGUAAUGUGACAUAAACUUCUCAUUGUUCUUCACUGAGAUAGAAUUGCUUAUCUUGUUAUUGAUAAAUUCUUUAAUUUCUGAAUAAUUAGCAUAAUCUCAUGUGAUACAGAAACAUCUUAAUUAGCAAAUAAAAGUAAAUUUAUACAAAGGAAAACCAAUAAAAACCUUAAUGUGUGUUUAAUAAAGUAACUGAAUGAUCAAAAA